UGUGAGUGGAAUUGCAUAGGCAAUAAACCCUAACUUUGUUCCACUCCCCCCAGAGCAGACCCCAGUUCCAGCUUCACCCAAAGACCGAGCCAAGAGAAUGUCGAACCCAAAAGUUUUCUUUGAUAUCCUGAUUGGAAAAAUGAAAGCUGGAAGAAUUGUAAUGGAACUAUUUGCUGAUGUCACCCCCAAGACUGCUGAAAAUUUCCGAGCUCUCUGCACUGGAGAGAAAGGGAUUGGUAUAUCAGGGAAGCCAUUGCACUAUAAGGGCUCCACAUUUCACCGCAUUAUCCCCAACUUCAUGUGUCAAGGUGGAGAUUUCACCAGGGGUAAUGGAACAGGUGGUGAAUCAAUCUACGGGCUGAAGUUUGCAGACGAAAACUUCAAGAUGAAGCAUACAGGGCCUGGUGUUCUGUCAAUGGCAAAUGCUGGACCAAACACUAAUGGAUCCCAAUUCUUUAUUUGUACUGAGAAAACAUCAUGGCUUGAUGGCAGACAUGUGGUGUUUGAGAUUGUUGAUGGCUAUAGCGUGGUAAAGGAGAUGGAGAAGAUGGGUUCAGAUAGCGGGAAGACUUCGACAACUGUUGUGAUAGAAGAUUGUGGCCAGAUAAAGGAGAAUUGAUAACACCAAAAGUGAAGGAAGUGAAUUUCCAGGUAAAUAAUGAUGCAUCAGAUUGUUGUUUGCCUGUAAUGGAGUUUGGUAGAGCUACCCGAAUAGAAUCUUUUUGAAAUUAGUAGCAUAAGCUGAAUUUUGUCCUGAAUACUUUUGCAAUGAAAUAAUGACCCAAACUGAUACUGGGUUUUUGUUC